CUAAAAGCACAAAGCUACUUUACUCUCACUCCUGCAACGACUGUUCUCUCUCUCCCACUCUCUACGAAGAUCGUCGACGCUUUCAUUGAUUGAUCGAGAAGUUCAGGGCAAUGGCUGCUGCUUGGGACAUUACAGCAGCUGAGUUCUUACAGGGUUCCCUUAGACAAGGUAUACUUUUGCCAAGACAAUCAUCGAGGCGGGCAAGUCGUUUGCUUUGGGGUACAUGUCACAGACGGAAUUGGUCUGCAGGAAAAUGUGAUAGAAGCGUUGCCUUAAGGUCAGCAUUUCAAGCAAAGGUCAAAGCUGUGGUUUCAGGGGAGGUGAGCAGCUCGGUUGAUGAAGAUCCUAGCACUAUCCAGAAGUCUGCCGAAAAUGUUAUCCAUUUUUACCGCAUUCCAUUGCUACAGGAGAGUGCUACGGCCGAACUUCUCAAGUUGGUGCAGACGAAAAUUUCAAAUCAAGUAGUUGGUUUGAAAACUGAACAAUGUUUUAAUGUUGGGCUUGAUUCAUUUCUUACAAGUGAGAAAAUUUCAGUGCUUAGAUGGCUUUUAGCAGAAACUUAUGAGCCUGACAAUUUGGGUACUAAUAGCUUUCUGAAAGAGGAGAGGAAGUCAGGGUUGAAUACCGUGAUAAUAGAAGUUGGGCCCCGGUUGUCUUUUACAACAGCAUGGUCUGCUAAUGCUGUAUCAAUAUGCCGAGCAUGCGGGUUAACAGAAGUAAAUAGAAUGGAGCGUUCAAGGAGGUACUUGUUAUAUAUCAAGCCUGGGGGUAGUUCAUUGGUAGAUAAUCAAAUUAAUGAGUUUGCCGCGAUGGUGCAUGACAGAAUGACCGAGUGUGUUUAUACUCAGAAGCUCACAUCUUUUGAGACUAAUGUACUUCCGGAGGAGGUUCGUUAUAUACCAGUCAUGGAGAGGGGCCGGAAGGCAUUAGAGGAAAUUAAUGAAGAAAUGGGGUUGGCCUUUGAUGAACAAGACCUACAGUAUUACACUAAGCUUUUUAAGGAUGACAUCAAGCGAAACCCAACCAACGUGGAGUUGUUUGAUAUUGCACAAUCUAAUAGUGAGCAUAGCAGGCACUGGUUUUUUACGGGAAAGAUUGUCAUCGAUGGUCAGCCCAUGAGUAGAACUCUCAUGCAGAUUGUCAAGAGCACGUUGCAGACAAAUCCAAACAACUCUGUUAUUGGGUUCAAGGACAACUCGAGUGCAAUCAAGGGGUUUCCGGUGGAGCAGUUGCGACCGGUUCAGCCGGGUUCAACAUGCCCGCUGAACCCAAUUACUCGAUACCUUGAUAUCUUAUUUACGGCUGAGACCCACAAUUUUCCAUGUGCCGUGGCACCUUACCCUGGUGCAGAGACAGGCGCAGGAGGGCGCAUCAGGGAUACCCAUGCCACUGGAAGGGGGUCUUUUGUGACUGCAGCUACAGCUGCUUACUGUGUUGGAAAUCUGAAUAUUGAGGGCUCAUAUGCUCCGUGGGAAGAUCUGUCAUUCACAUACCCGUCAAACUUGGCCUCCCCCUUGCAGAUUCUCAUUGAUGCUAGCAAUGGUGCGUCAGAUUAUGGGAAUAAAUUUGGAGAGCCCUUGAUUCAGGGCUACUUGAGAACUUUUGGAAUGAGACUUCCAAGCGGAGAAAGACGGGAAUGGUUGAAGCCGAUCAUGUUCAGCGCAGGCAUAGGGCAGAUUGAUCAUGACCACAUAUCCAAAGGAGAGCCUGACAUUGGUAUGCUAGUUGUGAAGAUUGGAGGCCCAGCAUAUCGAAUAGGGAUGGGUGGAGGUGCUGCAUCCAGCAUGGUUAGUGGACAGAAUGAUGCUGAACUCGAUUUUAAUGCUGUGCAGCGUGGAGAUGCAGAGAUGGCACAAAAACUAUAUCGUGCUGUUCGUGCCUGUGUUGAAAUGGGAGAGAGCAACCCAAUCAUCAGCAUUCAUGAUCAGGGUGCUGGUGGGAACUGUAAUGUUGUUAAGGAAAUAAUAUACCCAAAGGGUGCUAAGAUUGAUAUCAGGUCAAUUGUCAUUGGUGACCACACAAUGUCUGUCUUGGAGAUAUGGGGUGCAGAGUAUCAGGAGCAAGAUGCAAUAUUGGUGAAGCCCGAAAGCCGAAGCAUUUUGCAGUCAAUCUGUGAAAGAGAAAGGGUCUCUAUGGCUGUUAUCGGAACAAUUAGCGGUGACGGAUGUGUUGUUUUAGUUGACAGCUUAGCUAUUGAAAGUUCCUGUUCCAGCGGACUUCCUCCCCCACUGCCUGCUGUGGAUCUUGAGCUUGAGAAAGUGCUUGGGGACAUGCCUCAGAAAACUUUUGAAUUUCAUCGCAUGGUUAAUGCACGGGAGCCACUAGAUAUUGCUCCUGGGAUCACACUGAUGGAUUGUCUCAAGAGGGUAUUGAGACUUCCUUCUGUUGGUUCGAAACGCUUCCUGACGACUAAAGUUGAUAGGUGUGUAACAGGUCUUGUGGCACAGCAGCAAACCGUGGGUCCCUUACAAAUUACUCUUGCUGAUGUUGCAGUUAUUGCUCAAACUUACACCGACUUUACUGGUGGUGCAUGCUCAAUUGGGGAGCAGCCCAUCAAGGGUCUUCUGGAUCCAAAAGCGAUGGCUCGGUUGGCUGUUGGAGAAGCACUUACAAAUCUUGUUUGGGCAAAGGUUACUUCUCUUUCUGAUGUUAAAGCAAGUGGGAACUGGAUGUAUGCUGCCAAACUUGAGGGGGAAGGAGCAGACAUGUAUGAUGCUGCCAUUGCUCUUUCAGAAGCUAUGAUAGAACUUGGAAUUGCUAUUGAUGGAGGAAAGGACAGCCUUUCCAUGGCAGCCCAUGCAUCAGGGGAAGUUGUCAAGGCUCCUGGAAAUCUUGUUAUCAGUGCUUAUGUCACUUGUCCAGACAUAACCAAAACAGUGACUCCAGAUUUGAAGCUUGGUGAUGAUGGUAUACUUCUUCACAUUGACUUGGCCAAAGGAAAGCGGCGUCUGGGUGGAUCUGCUCUUGCCCAGGUUUUUGACCAAAUUGGAAAUGAGUGUCCUGAUCUUGAUGAUGUUCCGUACCUCAAAAGAGUUUUUGAGGGGGUUCAGGAUCUUAUUACAGAUGAGCUGAUUGCUGCUGGUCAUGAUAUCAGUGAUGGUGGUCUGAUUGUCAGCGCCCUUGAAAUGGCAUUCGCUGGGAACUGUGGCAUUCGGUUGGAUUUGAAUUCACUAGGGAAUAGUGUCUUCCAAACACUUUUUGCAGAAGAACUUGGUCUUAUUCUUGAGGUUAGCAAGAACAACUUGGAUAUUGUAAUGACAAAACUCUGCAGCCUCGGUGUUUCUGCUGAGGUUAUUGGACAAGUGACUGCUGCACCAAUCAUAGAGUUAAAGGUCAAUGAGAUACCCCAUUUAAAUGAGACAACUGCUCACCUUAGGGACAUUUGGGAAGAAAACAGUUUUCAGCUGGAGAAGUUCCAAAGAUUGGCUUCUUGUGUGGAUCUAGAAAAAGGAGGAUUGAAGAGUCGGCAUGGACCUUCCUGGGCGUUGUCCUUCACUCCAACAUUUACAGAUCAGAAGUAUAUGACUACCAUUUCAAAACCAAAUGUAGCUGUAAUUCGAGAGGAAGGCAGCAAUGGGGAUAGAGAAAUGGCUGCUGCAUUUUAUGCUGCUGGUUUUGAACCAUGGGACAUUACAAUGUCAGACCUUCUUAAUGGGGUAGUCUCCUUGCAAGAAUUUCGUGGGAUUGUGUUUGUAGGAGGUUUUAGCUAUGCAGAUGUGCUUGAUUCUGCAAAAGGUUGGUCAGCUUCUAUACGAUUUAAUCAGCCUCUUUUAAAUCAAUUUCAAGAAUUUUACAACCGGCCAGACACUUUUAGUCUUGGGGUUUGCAAUGGGUGCCAGCUUAUGGCUCUGUUGGGUUGGGUUCCAGGCCCUCAAGUUGGAGGUGUCCUUAGUACUGGUGGGGACCCAUCACAGCCAAGGUUCAUACACAAUGAGUCUGGACGGUUUGAAUGCCGCUUCACUAGUGUGACAAUAAAGGACUCACCUGCGAUAAUGUUAAAAGGAAUGGAGGGUAGUACGCUGGGUGUGUGGGCUGCCCAUGGUGAGGGAAGAGCAUAUUUCCCUGAUGAUGGUGUUCUCGAUCGUGUUCUUGAUUCAAACUUGGCCCCAAUAAGAUAUUGUGAUGAUGAUGGGAAACCAACAGAAGUCUACCCUUUCAAUUUGAAUGGCUCUCCUUUGGGUGUGGCAGCUAUUUGUUCUCCAGAUGGGAGGCAUCUUGCCAUGAUGCCACACCCAGAGCGUUGCUUUUUGAUGUGGCAGUACCCAUGGUAUCCAAAGCACUGGGAUGUGGAGAAGAAAGGCCCCAGCCCCUGGUUGCGAUUGUUCCAGAAUGCCAGAGAAUGGUGCUCUUGAGAAUGGUUAGUUAUUUUACUGUCAAGUGAUACUGUUCUGCUCUAUUGCAUUUUGUGUGACCUUCAGUAAUUUUGUUCAAAUCCACAGAAAGGUCGAUAGCUCCACAGGCAUGAUCUUGUUUGCUUUGAUGACUCGUGUAGCUUUUGAAAGGCAGGAGGUGGAUUCAGUUCUGCAGUUUAAUUAAUUUCUAAAGACACUCGUGGCUUGUUUGCAUUCGAAGUUGAGGCAGUAGAUUUUCUUCUCUCCAAAUUGAGGUGCCUGAGAGAGAGAGAGAGAGAGAGAG